UGUUUGCCUUCAGCUGCUGCUCGCUGCCCCCCUGUGGUCGAUGCCCCAUGUGGGAGCUGCUGCUGCCGCGUGGUCGAGCUCCACAGAGCUGCUCAACGCCACCAGAGCUGCAGCUGAGGCCCAGUCUGACUCCAGGAUGCUCCCUGCUGGCGCUGCUUCCAGAAGCAGACGCAGGAGAGCCCUGUCCUCCAGAGAGAUCACGGCCCUGCUGGAUUACCACAACCGGGUCCGCUCUCAGGUGUUCCCCCCUGCUGCUAAUAUGGAGUACAUGCUGUGGGAUGAGGGACUGGCUCGGUCCGCCGACUCCUGGGCCUCGCUCUGCAUCUGGGAUCACGGCCCAACACAAGCCAUGAAGUACAUGGGCCAGAACCUGUCCAUCACCUCCGGAAGGUUCCAGUCGAUCACCGACCUCGUCAGGUCCUGGUACAACGAGAGGCAUCAUUUCUCUUACCCCAGCAGAUGCUCUGGAUCUGUGUGCUCGCACUAUACUCAGAUGGUGUGGGCGAGCAGCAGCCGGCUGGGAUGUGCCGUCAGGAAAUGCUCCAACGUGCACGCGUUCGGGAGCAGCUGGAGGGAGGCGACGCUGCUGGUCUGCAACUACUCUAUAAAAGGGAACUGGGUGGGAGACGCUCCCUAUAAGACCGGCAGGCCCUGCUCCGUCUGUCCGUCCAGCUACGGCGGCUCCUGCUGGAGGAAUCAGUGCUCGACAAACACCAAGACCAGAAGACGCUCCAGAUACUAACACAACGUUUCAAAUGGGUUUUAAUGGGAGAGGAAAAGGUAAUUUAUCAGGAUUAGUCCAUCUUGAAAUAACAAACUGCAGCAGUCAAGGUACCACUAUGUUCAGAAUAUCUUUAUCCAUGAAUGUCUCACACACACAGUCGCGUUGUAGAGCUGCAGUAUGAAUGUUAAUAUUUGAAUAAAAUAAAAAGUUUUCUUGUAUUAGGAGUAAAUGUCUUGUUUUGCACUGUUUUUAAUGAAUUAGUCGUUGGAGUAACUUUUUAGAGGCAUUGACCAGAUUGAAGCACUUUUACUGUACAGAUGAAACCCACUGUA